AUGAAUAAUAGUUAUGGGAACUUAUCAAAUGAAUACCAAAGACAACUUAUAACAGCGUCCAUAAAAAAAGACGUAAAAGAAAAUGAGGAAAUCCAUAAUUCGAGAAUGUAUCCAAAUACAAAUUUGGAUAAAAACAAUUUUAUUUUAUACUUGGAAUUAUUAUUUGAAGACUUAGCCAUUUCGAGGUAUUUGUUUGAUAUAAGAGAUGAUCAAGGCACAUCAAUCCGGAAUAGCAUCCAAAUCACGAGAUAUAUAAUAAUGAAAAGUGAUAACCAUAUAAUGGGAACUUGUGUAUCAAAUAAAAUAAUAUUAUGUUAUAAUAAUGAUAAAGAAAGUAAUAUAAUUUUAAAAAAAAUUAUUGAAAAAUUAAAAGAAGAAUAUUGUAUUGUGUUAAAAUUAGAAAAUGUUGUAAACAAUAAUUAUAGUGAAAUAGAAAAAUGCUUGUUGUCUUAUAUAAUUCAAUUUACAAUAGUUUGUAAAUAUUUAGAAAGUGGUAAAUGGAUACAUAUUGGAGAUAAUAUGGAUACAAUUAUAGAGUCAAAAUUUUAUGACAGUAAUUGUAAAUAUUUCAAUUGUAUUGGUUUCAAAUUUAAUAUACUAAAUAAUGAAUAUAAUAUAUUAAAUCAAAUAGAAAACCCAAAUUAUAAAUAUAUAAUUAAAAUGCACUUAAAAAUUAAUAUCAAUAUUUAUAAAGUAUUACCAUUAAAUGAUGUGUGUGAAAAUAUGUAUGUCUAUUGUUUACCUCGUUGUUCUAUGAAAGCAACUAUUUUAAAUAUUGUUGAAUCAAAUAUAAAUGAAAAAAAAAAAAUUAAUUAUAAAACAUAUUGGCUUGACACACAUGGAUAUAUAUUAAAUAAUAAUAGUAUUGAAAAAAUUAUUAAAGUUAAAUUAUAUAAAGGUAUAUUUAAUUAUCCUCAAGGAGUUUUAUUAAGAGAAAAUGUUUAUAAAAUUAAUACACCAAUACAAAAAGAUCAAUUUUUUUAUAUUUGUAAAUUUUUAAAUAAAUUUAUAUUAUCGAAAAAUUCAACAAUUAAAUUAUUAACAUAUUCAGAAGGUCUUAAAUUUAAUCCAACUUAUAAUGAUAUUUUGCAAACAAGUGCUAAACAAAAUAUAAACCAAGAUCAAUUUUAUAAUCAAAUACAAUCAUUAUGUAAUAAUAAGUUUUCUCAAAAUCAAAUUAAUGAUGACAAUAUGAUUGAUAAAAAUAAACGAGAGACCUUUUACAAUAAUGCAUAUAGUAUGUAUGGAAAUACUCUUACUACGUCUACUAGAUCUAUAAAUAUAAAUUUGGCAGCUGGAUCAAAAGAAAGUCUACUUAAUAAGAGAAACGAUAUAUAUCCACAUGAUAGAGAAAAAAACAUUGAUAUAUUUCUAACUGAAUCAGCACAAAACUAUCAAAAAAUCGCUAGAAAUAACAGUGACAAUCAUUACAAAGUUAAAGAUCGAUUUUGCAAAGAAAUAAAAAGUCUACCUUUACAAAAUAGAGAUAAUGAUUUGGAUACAUAUUUGCAUCAGACUGCAAAAAAUUAUAAAACUAUAAACCCUGGAAAUAUAGAUAAAGAUAAUAUGGUUGAUAAUAUUAAUACACAAUUUAUUUUUUCAAAAGAAUUUCAAAAUUUUAUUGAUAAUAUUGAUGAAGUGGCAUUGUAUAAAAAUGAUCAGUUACAAACUGUAGACUUUAACGAAAGAGAAAAAAAAAGACCAAAUUUUGUCAUAAAUACUAAACAAAAUCAUUUAGGAACAAAAAAAUAA